GGCGUCGUUCUCCUUCCGUAGAAACCAGCAGAGCAAUCAUCUCUCUCUCCUCUUGUUCACCUCAAGAGAGAGAGAGAGAGAGAUGGCGGCUUCGUUCAGGUGGAUAGUGCAACUACACAGGGACGUUCCAAAAGCCGCUAGGUUUUACUCAGAGGGUUUGGGAUUAAAAAUCGAUGUUUGUACUCUUCGUUGGGCUGAGCUCCAAUGCGGUCCCCUCAAACUUGCUCUCAUGCAUUCCCCCAGUGUACAUGCCGUGGAGAAGGGAUACUCUUCAGUCUUAUCCUUUACGGUGACUGACAUAAACAAUACGGUGACAAAAUUAAUGGCUUUAGGUGCAGAGUUGGAUGGUUCCAUCAAGUAUGAGAUCCAUGGAAAGGUUGCAGCCAUGCGGUGCAUUGAUGGGCACAUGUUGGGUCUCUUCGAGCCUGCUUGAACUGCCGAAGGUGAACAUGAUACUUUCACGCACAACCAAAAGAAGCAACCGUUUUCUGGGGUUGUAUGUACUGAUUCCUACUGUUUGGAGGAAUUGAAUGAUAGUAAGUGAUUACUUUCCCCUUUUGGGGUUCUGUCCAAUGAUGAUCAACCACAGAAACAGAGCUUGUUGGUGUCAAACCUUGAAAAUUUUCUUUUAUUUAGAGAAAUCAUUUUCCUCGUCAAUUAGCAGCUGUGUAAUUUCUUAACCACGAGCGAGUCAUGGAUGAAUCGUCCGGUGAAGUACAUAUAAUGUAAAGGGGACAAUUUACAACUGAGGAAGAAUUUGCAUUAGGCUUUCUGAUACCCGAACUGGAUUAUAUGUAUGCCUCCAUAAGAAUUAUUUAUUGUACACAUCAACUGUCUAGAGCAUAUUAAUGAUCACCAUGGUUUGAGUUUA